UGCGCAGGGUGUGUACGUGUGAACGCGCCCUCGCGUUCGUGCAAAGCGAGUGGCGGGUUGAAGCGCGCGCGUGGAGGGCUCGAGUGAGUGAGGGUAAAAAGUGCAAGUAUGUGUGUGUGUGUGUCUGCUGUGGGUAUAUGUGUGUGCGCGCGAGGGCGCGCUCUCCCUGCCUCCCCGUGGGCGUGCGCAAUAUGUGUGUUCGUGUGUGUGUGCGCGCGCGCGCCAGCCUGUCCGCUUCUCCAUCCAUCCAUCCAUCCGUCCGUAUCCCGUUGAGAGUGGGUGUGCAUUUUCACAAUGGACACGCGUGUAUCGCAGCCGCACCUCGGGCGCGGCGUUGCCUUUCUCUUUAGAUGUAGGAAUGAGGGUCGGAGCAGACUAUCAAGCUCGCAUUCCUGACUUUGAUCCUGGAGCUACAAAAUACACAGAUAAAGACAAUGGAGGGAUGCUUGUGUGGUCUCCAUAUCAUAGUAUUUCAGAUGCCAAGUGGUGGUAUCAGUUGAGAGCCAAAGAAAGAGGAAGGGGAGUUGUGGAUGAAUAUAUUGCAAUAGCAAAGGAAAAACAUGGCUACAAUGUGGAACAGGCACUUGGCAUGUUGUUCUGGCAUAAGCACAACAUUGAGAAGUCACUUGCAGAUCUCCCAAAUUUUACUCCUUUUCCGGAUGAGUGGACAGUUGAGGAUAAAGUCCUGUUUGAACAAGCUUUCAGUUUCCAUGGGAAAAGCUUUCACAGAAUCCAACAAAUGCUUCCAGACAAGACUAUUGCAAGUCUUGUCAAGUAUUACUACUCCUGGAAGAAAACUCGUUCUAGGACAAGUUUAAUGGACCGCCAAGCUAGGAAGCUGGCAAACAGAAAUAAUCAAGGCGACAGUGAUGAUGAUGUGGAAGAAACUCACCCAAUGGAUGGAAAUGAUAGUGAUUAUGAUCCCAAGAAGGAAACUAAAAAAGAGGGAAGUAAUGAGCAACCUGUUCAGUCCAGCAAAAUAGGAUUGGGUAGAAGAGAGUAUCAGAGCUUACAACAUCGUCACCACUCCCAGCGUUCCAAAUGCCGUCCUCCCAAAGGCAUGUAUCUAACUCAAGAAGAUGUGGUAGCUGUUUCAUGUAGCCCCAAUGCUGCCAACACUCUUCUUCGGCAGCUAGAUAUGGAGUUGAUCUCACUGAAGCGACAGGUUCAGAAUGCUAAACAAGUAAACAGUGCACUUAAGCAGAAAAUUGAAGGUGGGAUAGAAGAAUUCAAACCUCCUGAGUCAAAUCAAAAAAUCAAUGCCCGUUGGACAACAGAAGAACAACUUCUUGCAGUUCAAGGUGUCCGCAAGUAUGGCAAAGAUUUUCAAGCUAUUGCUGAUGUAAUUGGCAACAAGACUGUUGGUCAAGUGAAGAACUUCUUUGUAAACUACAGGCGCCGGUUUAACUUAGAGGAGGUAUUGCAGGAGUGGGAAGCAGAACAAGGAACGCUGGCUUCUAAUGGCGAUGCCUCUGCUUUAGGGGAGGACACAAAAAAUACUAAUGUGCCAUCAGGAAAGACCACUGAUGACGAAGAUGAGGCCCAGAUCCCACAGACCCCUCAGUGUGUAGGGUCUUCUCCACCUGCCCAGGCGUCUACUCCAACACCAGCAACCCCUGUAACAUCUCUGAACCAGCCUCCUCCAUUACUUCGUCCAACCCUUCCGGCUGCUCCAGCUCUCCAUCGUCAGCCUCCACCACUUCAGCAACAGGCUCGGUUUAUUCAGCCAAGGCCAACCCUAAACCAGCCUCCUCCACCACUCAUCCGCCCAGCUAAUUCCAUGCCUCCUCGUCUAAACCCAAGACCAGCGUUAUCCUCCACUGGCGGCCCGCAGCCACCAUCGCUUAUCGGAAUCCAGACAGAAUCACAGUCCCCUCUGCACUAAAGGAAUAGGGCAGAACUAUGGUAAAUGACAAAAUUGUAUCAGUGUCUAUUUUUCCUCAGAUAAUGAAGGGGGAAAGGCAGGGGGAAACAAGCCUUCCAAAGUAUUGAAUCAGUCUUGAACAAAAAGAGCAAGGUGGAAACCUUAACAGCAGAAAUAUGUGAUUGGCCAACUGUAUGAAAGAAACUUCAGUGCAGUAGCUUGUUGCAGCAAGACCACGUCCACGAAAUCAGACUUUUUACACAGCUAACAUCUGGGCGGGGGGGAGAGUUGGGGGGGGGACAUUCAAUGCACUAAGACUUCAGCUGGUUUUUACUCUAUUUAUUUUUAAAAAUUCUUUAUAUUCAACUACACAGAAACAAACCAUAAGGAGAGUGCAGGAGUUUCAGCUUCAGCUCUGAAGCAGGCUAUAAACCUGAUAUAUUGGGGAAAUUAUUUUUACAUGUUCCUAUGUUAGGAUCAGAAGCAUUACUAACAAUCCUGCCAUUUAGAUUUUGACAGAUAACAUAACUUCAUACAUUUCUUAGGCUUGUAUUUUUCUAAAUUUCUUUAUAAAUUGCUUUUCUUCAGAAAAAAAAAGUUGUAUUGAAGAUUUGCAAAGCUAAGGUACAAACUAGGUUAAACCUAUCUAUGUGCUCUGAUACUAGAAGUAUGACUUACUAGUGCAAAAUCUGUGGUAGGCAGUGGCUGGGACAGCAUCUUA